CCCAAACAGAAAGGGGAUAAGGAGCAAGAGCGAGCAACGAAAGAAGAGAGAAAGAAAAAAAACAUGGCUUCCACUUCCAUUAACACUUUCACUGGUUUUGUUGGAUGGAAAUCUUCUUCUUUGUUUCCACAUUCUAAUGCCUUAAACGCUACACUCUCACUCCCUUUCAAACCAAAACCGCACUUCUCCGUCACUUGCUCUGCCUCUUCUUCCGAUAGUGGUGCAAAUUGUUACAGGGUUCUAGGAGAGGGUAAUUCAGGUAUUUUUGAGUCUUUGAGAUGAAUCCAUUAUUGGAGAUUGUUGAAUUUGAUUGAUUGAAGGCAUGGAGAAAGAGGGGAAACGGUUCUGUUAACAAUUAACAUUCAUUUAUCCUCUGCUGGUGAAGGCUGCCAGAGGAGAACCUGUUAGUCGGCCACCAGCAUGGAUGAUGCGCCAGGCGGGAAGGUACAUGGCUGUUUACAGAAAGCUUGCUGAGAAAUAUCCAUCCUUUCGAGAGAGGUCGGAGACAACUGAUAUCAUUGUGGAAAUUUCUUUGCAGCCUUGGAAUGCCUUUAGGCCUGAUGGAGUGAUAAUUUUCUCUGACAUCCUUACGCCUCUUCCUGCAUUUGGGGUCGAAUUCGACAUUGAAGACGUAAGGGGUCCUGUUAUUCAGUCCCCAAUACGCUCCGAGGAGGGACUAAAGGCUCUGCAUCCAAUUGACCUGGAAAAGCUCAGUUUUGUUGGAGAUUCACUCAAGAUACUGCGCAAGGAGGUUGGUGGUGAUGCUGCCGUUUUAGGUUUCGUGGGAGCACCUUGGACAAUAGCAACAUAUAUAGUGGAAGGGGGUACAACACGCACCUAUACAACCAUUAAGAGUAUGUGCCAUACAGCACCACAUUUAUUGCGGACUCUGCUCUCUCAUUUGGCGCAAGCAAUAGCAGAUUAUGUUGUUUUCCAAGUGGAGUCUGGGGCUCACUGCAUACAAAUAUUUGAUUCAUGGGGUGGACAACUACCACCUGAUAUGUGGGAAUGCUGGUCAAAGCCUUAUAUCAAAGAGAUUGUAGAUUUGGUCAAGAAAAGAUGCCCCGAGACACCGAUUGUUCUUUAUAUAAAUGGAAAUGGUGGCCUGCUUGAGCGUAUGAAAGAUACUGGAGUUGAUGUUAUUGGGCUGGACUGGACUGUGGAUAUGGCAGAUGGAAGAAGAAGAUUGGGUAGUGGAAUAGGUGUGCAGGGAAAUGUGGACCCUGCCUACUUAUUCUCCCCACUUCCUGCCCUCACUGAAGAAAUUCAGAGGGUUGUGAGGUGUGCUGGGCCUAGACGGCACAUCCUUAAUCUCGGGCAUGGUGUUCUUGUUGGCACACCUGAAGAAGCUGUUGCACAUUUCUUUGAAGUUGCUAGGAGCUUGAAGUUUGAUACACUUUUUCAAAACAAAUCUGCAGAAGAUCCUAGAUUGGUAGCUUAAGGACAAAUGCCACAUUAUCUAUGCCAUGUGUAUUGCUUUGGUCUUUGGUGAGUGUAGAAUAGAGCAGGCUAGUCCCUCCUCAUUCUUCUGUAACUUUGUGAUGAUUAGAGGUUGAGGAUUUGCACAUUGAAGUGCCGGCUAACUGAUCAAACUAGAUGCAUUUUCAUUUUGUAUUCUUCUGUAUUUAUUGUGGAAUAUGAUAAUCCAAUGAGGUUCCCUUCCAAAUAGUUUGUAUUUAUUGUGGAAUCUACUCCAGCAUAUAUGGUUUUCAGUCAAAACACAUCGGAUUUUCUAUUCAUUUGUAAUCAAUUUGGCCUCGUGAUUUUA